AGUGUCCUUAAUAGCGAGUGUCCGUAAUAACGGGUUGCGAGAAAAAAUUUCUUGAUAUUAGAGGAAUUAACUUUAUUCAUAUUGUACAUUGUCUCCAGAACCAAUUGCAGUGCAGUUUUCGCAUAUAAAGAGCGUCAGAACUUUAUUUACAAACAAGACAAAUCGUAACAUUAACAGACCUUAAUUUUUUUUGCAUCUCCCUUUCAUUUACCACAACAGUCAAUGAAACAUUUGUAGUACUGACACAAACACCACAGAGUUUUUUGCAAGUAAGUACGGUAGUUUCUUACAAGGAUCAUGUUGAACGAGAAUCGGAAUGUUCACUUUUCAACCAAAGUGACAGAGACGAAGAGAAGAAGAGGAAGCAAUAAACUGUAAUCUGUGAUAAUUCUGCCAAAAUUUCCAAAAAUGCUGAUUGAUGUCCGUCACAACGAGAGUUCGAACAUGCAAUGAAGUUGUUUUGUCGGGAUCGACAGAAGUGUCCGUAAGUCCGUAUUAGCGGGAGUUUGUUUCCGUCAAAUAUGUGUAAUUUUCACCGAGGAUUCAGCAGCUGUCCGUAAUUAGUGGGGUCUCGGUAAUAGCGAGGUGUCCGCAAGACGAGAGUUGACUGUAAGUGAUAGCGACUCCUUUUCUACGCCAUUGGAUGUGAUAAAUGAGUUGACAAAAAGUAUAAUAUGGAUAAAAAUUCUUAACAUAUUAUAAAAAGCAAGUAAACAUGAUCUUCCUUUUCUCUUAUCAGGCCCUGGCAACGGCUCUCAGGCAAAGAUAAUCCAAUCUUAAACCGGUGUCAGAGCAUUCAUGGAGAGAGGUCCGGGAUCAGGUGACGCCCCAUCAGCAGAUGAUGAAACACUCCUGUUUGACGAUGACACUUUAAAGGGUGAGGCGAACCUUGCUCUUUUCUUUCCAUAAUGUAAUGUCAACAGUAUAAAAAUUUUAUCCGGUUACAUGGAAGAUCUCUGUUAUUUACAAAUACAUGUACAUUUUGUCACUGAGUGUGCGCUGGCCUAAUUUAACUAUUUUCAAUCCUGGCUGGGAGUAGACCGAUCAAGAGCAAAUAAUGAUUACGUUGGUUUAUCACAAAAAGUUUAAAAAAAUCACUGAAAUAAUUAUAAAUUGCUGUAUUAUAGCAAUUGCAGAGGUUUACAACAAUGAGGGUUACGAUGAGUACAACAAACAGAAUUUCAGCAGCGCCAUAAACUUCUACACAGAAGGAAUUAAAGUGAACUGCAAGGAUAAAGAACUGAACGCCAAACUGUACAGCAAGAGGGCAACAGCACAUUUAGAUUUGGGUAAGAAGUUGCUUGUCAACUUUCUAAAGAUUUUUAAAUGAAUCGGUUUUGCAAGGACAGUUUUUGUAAGAACAGUCAAGCAAGGCGUGUCAGUUACAUAUUUCUAGUCAUGCUUUAUGUUUUACGCUUUCUAAAGGAAAAGACCACAAAUAAGAGCUGCUCCGAAUAACUAAUUUCAGUUGCUAUUCAUUGGUAGAAUGCCUAAGGCGCGUGCAAUUCCAUAAUUGGUUUCGGGCUCCAUUAAUUCUUUUGCCAAUGGCAGGAGAUUUUAGAAGGAUCCGCUACAAUGUAAGCACAGUAGUUGACAGGACAAGUUACUGAGAAAGACAACCUAAAAUAUACUGUAAUCCGUCACAGCACAAACCAGGUGAAUGUGUGUCAACUGAACCGGUUCUUUUUAAGGUGUAAUUGUUUUCUGCGUUCCUUCUUUUCGCAGGGAACUACACUGAAGCUUUAAAUGAUUCAAAAAUUGCCAUCGACUUACUACCAUAUUUUUUUAAAGCUUGUGUUCCAGGUAAAUCAACUAUAAAUCCAUCUCCACUGAAUAUUUCUUUCCUGACCGCAAUUAUGAGAUUAUUAAUUUAAUUACAGUACAAACCAGGUAUAAGUGUCAACUAAACGCUCGCGCACGGUAAAACUGUUGUCUUCUUACCGCUUUUCCGCGGGUUGGUUCCUCGGACAACAUUACCGGCGCCUUAGCUAUUUCAGCCCUCGUAAGGUAAAUAGUUUUUAUUAUAUAAAUAAUUUUUUACCUUGUAUUGUUAUUAUUAUUAUUAUUAUUAUUAUUAUUAUUACAAGUGAUACCGGUAAAAGUAAAUUAUAAUUAUUUUACUACACUAUAACAUAUAGAUUUAGCCAGGGCUAAAAGCGAAGCUCUGGUUAAUAAUACUUAUUAAGAAAAAAAUUAAAUCGUGUAAUGCUAAACGGGGACGGCAGUGAAAAUGGCAUCAAGAUCAAUAGAUGUGAUUAGCAAAGAAACAAAUUGCACGUGCAACACACUUUUUUCUCUAAUUAGCGAAAAAACAAAUUUGCACGUGCAGCACUCUUUUUUGUCUUUAUUUGCCGUUGUUUUGCACAACUACAACGCUGUUUUGUAGGACUAAACUUCCUAGUUACAGAUUAUUUUUAUGGAGGAAUUGUCGUACGUGCUUACCUAAUAUUUUGUCUCCUGUGUUCAUGUUCGCUUUUAUUUUUCACUGCUCCUCAUUUUCACCUUGCUGGCCGCUAGCAUUUCUCAUUAGGGCCAUUUAUACGAGGAAAAAUAAGACGCGUCUUAAAUAAGACGCGAACUGUACCAUUUAUACGAGCAUGUCUUAUCUAAUAAGACGCGUCUUAGCUAAGCCGCGUCUUAUUUUAGACGAAAUGUGCCGUUUAUACGGAAAGUUCGCGUCUUAUUUAAGACGCGUCUUAUGUAAGACGCGUCUUAUUUUUCCUCGUAUAAAUGGCCCUAUUGUCUCACCGCCGCUUUGAAUUUUCAUGUUUUUCUUCCUACAAAAUUCGUGUCUUUUGUUUUCAAUCACUCGCUCUAGCUCUUUCUCUGUUUUCCUCGUAGUGUAACCAUCAAAAAUAACGUCGAAAAAGACACGACUUUGUUGUUGUUACUUCUUUCUUAAAGUCCGGGCGGCCAUGCGAUUUCUUUCCAAAUAAAACCUUGAGUUGCAUUUCGGUUGCCAUACCUGUUGAUUGAAUUAUUUUACAUUGGUAUGCAUGUGGUGCGGACGGACUCUCGGGGCGGUCGGUCGGUGUACGGUCACGUGAUUACCAAAUUUUUUCGGAUGGGUAGUUUACCACAUUUUCUUACCCAUGGUGCUCCGCUGCGCGCGCUUCGCGCACGAGAGCUCCGCUUAACGUUGCUGUCGCAGAUUCGACAAAGUCGUAUUUAAUUUGAAACUGUCGAAUUUAGUUCAUUCUGACGUCCCAUCUCAAAGCAGUUACCUCUCGAAUUAAAUUAGGCACUUGUGAAAAUCGACGAUUGAGCCAGUUGAGCUAAGUAAUGAUAACAGUGUCCAGUAUUACUAAAAAUACCAGUAGAUGAUAUGAUAUGAUACAUACCGCAUUUUAUAUAUUCCCGGCCUGUAAACAUUGCUUUCAAUUUACCACAUUAUGUUAUUAGCUAUAUGCACCACACAGGUAAAAAAGAGAUUUUUGAAAUUUGCUUCAAGGGGAUUCGAACCCGGACCUUCAGAAUCAGUUAGAACUAAAAGUUAACGUCUCCGAUCCACUGGACCACCUCGGUAAAGGCUGACAAUUCGAGUUUAAAAGAGGUAUAUAUUCCUUUUCCAUGGUGAUUGACAGUUUUGAAGCAUGACUUUUUCGUUUUUUUUUUUUUAAUUUCCUUGUAGAAUUUAAUCUUUAACUGAUCGAAGCUAGACUUAAAGGUCACAACAAACCCAUUAAUACUCUUUCAGGCUUAGUCCAUGCCGGGGAACGUUUAAGAAAUCUAUGGACCAUCGAUUCGUACGAGGGAGAGAAUCGUACGAUCAUACGGUUCAGUGCUCGUAAGGUGUCUUUUCAUUGGUCGGGGAAAACAUUAACAUAGCAUUGUUCAUCAUUACUUCCAUUGUUUUAGGUUACAGUGGCAAACCAUUUGGCCUUUAGGGUUAGAAGAGCUGCUACAUGACCUCUCUCCUCGGAACAAAGAAAAACAAUAUGGCCGCCAAAUGCACCCUUUUAGUUUUUAAAGUUCUCCUUUAUAGACACAAACAUUGAACAUUUAUUUCGGCAAACAGACAGUUAAGUUAAAAAAGGAUUUUACAAAAGUCUCAAGAGCAGGUCUCCUUUAAGAUUUGAGCUUGCAAUAUCGGUCAAUUUACGCAACUUUUAAACUUCUAGCUCAGUUUUCAUUUCAGGUUCUGCUUUGAAAAAGGAAUGAUAAUUACUUAGAGACAAUACAGUGUAAAGAAUUGUUGAGAAAAACAGCAAAAACGCGCCAUUUUAUGCCAAAAAACGUACUUUAAAAACGAACUAAAAUAUUCAAAACGCCUUGAUCACGUGACUGAUGAUGUCAUGUCUCUUUGGUAAUGAAAAAAAUUAUCAGGUAGAACAUUACUUUUCCGCAAAUUUUCUCUGCCGUGUGAUAAAUGGUUGACUCUCUACAGCCCUCGGCCUAGUCUCCCGACUUUUUCACUCAUGUUCUUUACCCCCUUAAAUUUUAAAUAACGGACGUCAACUGGUUAUUUUUAAAUGCCCCACACAACUAAAACCUCAAAUAUGAUAUUUCUUUUUAACUCGUUAAUGAAAUCUUGUUACAGCAACGAAAAGACCUAACUGGGAAUUGUUUAACAUAGCUAAAACAUGCUUACCUCCAUCGAUGUUAAGUUCAUCUUCGAUAGUGCACUUUUAGGUUUGUUCGGCGCCGCAAAUAUUCUUCAAAUAGGACAUGUCGCCAUUCGAGUUGUCUUCAUGUUCUUGUUGUUCUUGCCAUGUUUUUAGCUAUUAUUUCGCCUAGUUCUUACUCUUUAAAGGAGUGAAAUGUCUGCCAUUUUGUCUUCACAACCAAAACAACUCAACUUGGUCCCCAGGUCUUCUCGGUUAACGGUGCAUUAAGCUGCAAGACCGCGGCACUUUUAAAGUCAUCGGUUGAUUAAUCGCAAAAUUCUUCCAAAUUUGGUCAUCAGUAGCUGGUUAUGGUGAAUUAUGCGUGUGCUUUUAUCCAAUCAGAACCGGGGAAAUAUUAUGAAUCAAUAAUAAUUACUAUUUAAUUUCUCCAGACCAUAUCAGCCGUUAAUAAACCCUUAGAAUACGAAAUUUUUAAAAGCAAAAAACCUCCACUCCUUACACUCUCAAAUAAUUUCGGCUCCACUACGCAGUACAACAUGAAUAGAAAAACCAUUAGGUUUAUUUUGGUUGUUUCGGCCGAGCACUGCAGAUAUAACAAUACGUUAUAACAAUACAUUAUACAACAUCUUCUAUUACAUUCAAAUAUGUGGUGUAAGAACUAGAACAGAGCUGAGCGACAGUUUACACAGAAUACUGUCAGAGCAGAGGCCAGAAAAAACCUGCUGGAAAAAAACCUCAGUAAGGAAAAAAAAAUACUCGGCAGGAAAUCUGGGUAGGAUCCAUGGCUCAUGCUCUGAAAAGCUCAUCCUACGAAGGCUACACGGCUGGAAGGACUUUGCCCUUAUUUACAAAACAAGUAUUCCAACAAAGGACGGCAAACUCUAAAUAAUUUAAGGAAACGCAAACAAGCUAAGAAACCCCUGGAAAAAUCGAACUGCCACCAGUAAAUCAAAUAUAUACUAAAAUAAAUAAAUAAACAAAAAAUAACAUGAGCUAGACGAGGUGUCCACCUAGAAUGCUUUCCCACGUGAUAAGCAUCCCUUUUAUAGCGCUACAUUCUACCCAUACUGCACUUCAACUGCCCCAGUCCCCACUGCUCCCGUGCCGCAGAAAUUAUUCAUUUCCGGCUAAUUCGUAUCCACUCAAACGCUGGAAAUUCCAUUUUUCUUAAGGUACGUUCCUUCCUUAAUAUAACAAACAUGAAGCAGUGAUUUCUUUCCUUUUCAGGUGCAAGUGCCUGUGUUCGUCUGAAAAAGUUCAAAGAAGCUAUCAGAUGGUGUCAUAAAGGAUUAGUAGUAUCUUUUACUGGGGUUAAUAAAGAAAUUUCCAUUUAGAGAUCAUCUCCUUAUAAACCCCUGUUAUACCAGGUUAGCCUGCUUGGCAGGCGUUGAAAGAGAAAGGAAGAGGGAAGAAAGGGGGAAAAGGAGGGGGACUGGGGAAAGAGGAAAAUUGGCACCUGCUACAAGAACACCUCUUUGUUUAUUUCUGCGGCCGCAAAUUCCUGUUGAUAGAGCCAGAGUGAAUUACUCAUUUACGCUUAUAAAGGAAAAAAAAUUCAAGAUGAAGUGACAGUCAACAAAGAAAAGAUGUUUUCUUGGCAAAAUCUAUAGAAGGUCAGAUCAAAAUUACACCAAUCGAGUAGCUACUUGGCAUUAAAAUCGGAAAGAGAACAAGCUGCAAGAGAUUGUUUAACAGGCAAGGAUGAUCAGUUGGAGGUUUUUUCUGGCUAAACACCAAGUUCAGGUUCGACGUUGCAAGCCGUUUCUCACGAGAGGGGCCGGUUUUAAUUAUUUGGAGAAUUUUAAAAGCUGGCUAAGCAAAAUUUUCAGUUUAUCAUAUGCCUCCUCAAAAAAGCUUCAAUAUGAUUUGAAUCUCCGGGAAAAAGUGGUAAAAACUAUCCAUGGAGCUUUUUGACAAAUAUAUUUAUAUUUCUCCUUUCAUAAUUGGCCUUUUUGUCAAGCCUGUUCUGUUUAUGGGACCGCUAUUUGGUUAGGCAAGACCAGUAAGUUUUGUUAAUUCACAAGAAAGCCAUUAUUUGUCAGGUUUGCCGGGCAACUCUAAGUUCGACAAGGUUUAACUGUUCUUUCCAACUCAUUUAUUUUUUUGACAGUUUUUAUUGAAUUAAAGACAAGUCUUACAAUGUUAUUAGGAAUUAAUCACUAAUUAACUCAUUUAUGAUACCAUUUGAAGAAAACCUUUUCGACAUAACAAAGUGAAGUGUCUGAAGUUUCGCCCAUGAUGAGAAGCGCUGUGUACUUCCUUCUGAUUGGUCACAUAUUGACAGUUGACGUUAUCGGAUUAGCAGCGUAAUGGUGGGCAUAUGCAAAAAUACCGCUUCUUAGAGCAGGCGUUCAAUCUCUCUCUCUUUCGCAUUUUUCUCUUCCCUCCCCCUUUUGCGCCUCCCACGCAGGCUAUACCAGGUGAACUUUUGCGCUAAAAGAUGGUAUUUUUACACAUUAAAAUAACACGAUACCUUCAUACGUGAAAAGAUCACUGUUGCUGUGGUUACAUAAUAAAUCGCGCAUUGGCAGCAAAAACAAUAUUUUAAAAUUGAAAUGGUUUCGUAUUUCAAGAACAUUACAUGGCCUCUUGCAGAUAAGAAUUUUCUUUUGUUGUGUUGAAAAAUAUUUCACUCGUUCACUCACUCGUAAAAUAUAUUUUAACACCCGAAUAUCAUAAUCAACGUUAAAAGUGUAUCUUGUGUAGGCCCACAUGCACUCCUUAUAAAUCAACUGGCUCCUGGCGAGUACAGAACUGACCUUUUUCUAAUGGUAUAAAAGGCACUCAAAGAGGACCAUGUAUUCCCCUCUAGAAUGCAUAUCAUUAUUGGUAAGGGAGAAAUUAAAAUAAACGUGAAGUGAGGAGAAGUGAAGCAGUGUUGAUUAAAUAUUUGAUCGUUGCUGAACAGCAGCUACUUUGCAAUACCAUGGAAACGUUGCGGCACUCGGAAUAAUUUAAUUAUUUCAAAUUUAGUAAUUAAAUUUGGCAGGUUGUGUUAAUUUAACUUAUUCAAGUUCGACCCAAUUAACCAUGACCUGUUGGAAUUACGGGACUGGUCUGUGAUAGAAGAAAAGAAACUGAAAGACAAUCAAGGAAAAGAGGUGAGUAUAAUGGAAUAGGACUUUAAUGACGUAGUUUCAGCAUUAUUGAAGGUUUUAACUUGGAGAACUCAUCUCAUUGUACAGUAGGCUAGAGAGCAAAUACGUCUCUCCGCAGAGAAAAAAAGAACUGUAAAAAGCGGCUGCUCUGGUAGGCAAAGUCCUAUGUUUUAAAACAACUUUCGAUUUGUUAGGUUGUCAGCUUAACUUCCUAUCUUGGGUUAGAAUUGAGUACGCGGUGUUCUUUUUGUUUGGAAGAGAGUGACACGCGGUAUUUUUUGUUUGGAAAAAAGUGGCACGCAUUGUUCUUUUUGUUUGAAAGAGAUUGACGCGCAUUGUUUUUGCUUGGAAGAGAGUGACGCACAGUGUUCUUUUCGUUUGGAAGAAUGGCUCGCAGUGUUCUUUUGUUUGGAGGAGAGCGUCGCGCAGUGUUCUUUUUGUUUGGAAGAGAGCUUCGCACAGUGUUCUUUUCGUUUAAAAGAGAGUGACGCGAAGUGUUUUAUUUGUUUGGAAGGGAGACAGUGACACUCAGUAGUGAGUUGUAGCUGAGUUUAUCGUCGAAUUUAGUAGAGAAAAUUGAAGAACACUCUAUAUGAAGAUCGUCAAUUGCCUUAUUUUUUAAAAUUUUGAUUACGUGAUCAAAUUUAUAAUUUAAGCCAGAGGAAAAUCUUUAGAUAUUCAGUUUGGGAAUAUUUACUUUUUUAGUAACAAAGAUUAGCGUUUCUGAUAUGGGAUAACCAUUGGACCUUUGAAGAAUCGACACAAUGAUGUUUACGCUCGACAACCAGUAAUGGUAUACUUAGCAAUUAUUUGAUUCGGCUUUCAUAUGGUCUGAAAAAUUAUGCAGAUUGUGAAGGGUUUUAUCCGCCGAGGCCGAGGAUUAACAAUUGAUUUAUACUUUAAAAACAUGCUUACCUCGACCCAUGGUAAUUUCCCGUUUUCACUUGCCUGUUUAUUGGAAAAUUCAAGAUAUAAAGAGAUGUUUAGUCACGCAGAUAUUCUUCAAAUAGCACUGAGUUGUUGUCCGUCGAGUUGUAUUUUUGUUAUACCAGUAAGGCAGUAGUUCGGCUAUUUGUUCUCGCAGAACGUCUUCUCCAAUACCUGUUCAAUCGAUAAAAAUACCGCAGGACUAAAGUUUCCUAUUGAUGUUAAGUUUUGUGCCAUCAACAAUAUCAAUCAGGGCGUGUUGAGGGGAGCAAUGUUCGAUGAUCACGAAAGCCGUAUUGACAGUGAUAUAAGACAUUGUCUUUUUGUUAGUAGCGGAUCCCUCGCGCGCGAAGCGGAGCACUAUGGAUAAGAAAAUGUGGUAAUAUACCCAUCCGAGACAAUUUGGUAAUCAUGUGACCGUACGCCUGACCGUCCGUCCGCACCACAGGCAUACCAAUGUUAAAUAACUCAAUCAACAGGUAUGGCAACCUAAAUGCAACUCGAGGUUAUUUUGGCGGGAAAUCGCAUAGCCACCCGCGUCUUGUAAAGCAGAGGCAGCGAAAGUGUCAACAAAGACGAAACCGGAAAGCGGCAAUUGUUUCUGUAUCCGUGUUUUCUAAAGUAUUAAGCUUAGAUUAAUUGUCAUGUCCAAAAAUUUGGAAUAUAGAGCGAGAGAAAGACAGAGAAAAAGAGGAAAAGCGACAGGCCAGCGAAACUCAACAAGAAAAACGGCGACAGAGAUCUAGAGCGAGAGAUAAAAAACAAAAGAGGUUUUUUUGUUGGAAGAACAACAUGAAAAUUUUGUAGCGGCAAUGACAAUGCUAGCGGCCACCAAUGCAAGGAGAAAAUCAGUAAAAAAAAAGUGAACGAGAAAACGUAAGAAAUUUCCUCCAUAAAAAAGUUUCACGUGCACGCGUGCUGGACAAGAAUGCUGUAUAAUGACAGACUAGAAACAAUAGACAACUCCCAAAGCACAAACUCAGCCAAAACGCUAAAAAUCUUCAAUGUUUACUCAAGUUUGGGCUUAUAGAGGGUAAUGUCACAGUUUUUCAAUGACCAUGAAAUUCAGAGUCCGGGUAGUUAGUUAAUUGUGGCCCUGAAAAAAUUUGAAGGAAAAAAAACCAAGAAUUUUUAAGAAAAUGCUUUUUUCGUGAGAUUGACUCUUAAACGCUGACAAACGUCAACAAAUAGCGAAAACUAUAAUUUCUAAAUGUUUGCUUUGCUCGAAAUCGCGCGCAUUUACAAGGCCCUAAAUUGUUUUGCUGACUUGCAAGGACCCAUCUGUUAUAAGGAUGCCCAAAAUACAGAGAUGAAUCACAUAGUUUAUUAAAUAUAAUCCGUGUAAAGUUUGCUUAUCAUUUUCGCAUAAAUUAUGACCUAAAAAUGGAAACCGCUGAAUUUCUCGAACUGGGUCUUUGCGAUUUUGGUGAAACUCUGUUCAGCGCAAGGCACUAAUGCACACUAUGUGUAGCCGAGAGAUUUUCACGAAAAAAUGCCGGCAACAGCAGAUUUUCGACUCAGACGUCAAAGGGGCGUGGCAUCAUAACCAUGUGACAUUUACUCCGAUCGCCAAAAAUUUUAUGUUAUAUUGUAGAUUGAUCUAUAUGUUAUCCAUUCUACGUGUUAGACUUACGAUAAAAGUAAAGGUGGGGAUACCAGAGAGCUUCAAAGUAGGAUGGUACCCCCUAAACAAAACUGGGUCGAGUCACCUUAAAAACCGGGUUAAAAAAGAAAGGAGUAAGAUCUGGCUAUAACUAUUUGGGGCAGGCUCAUCCUCAAACUUUAACUAAUCUUUUCCGAAUUAAAAGAAAAAAAUGAAACUGAUUACUUUUAUUUCCAGAUGGAAGAUUGAGUUUAAGAAACUUUAAUGUAAAUUAUUAUUUCAUACAUUGUAUGUAAUUUGUUUGACAGAAAACUUGUACGAAUGCAACUUGCACAGCUAAAAACCUAAGUAAAAGUGACAACUCUGAGCACAGAUCAGGAGAUGGAGAGUCGUAUGGCAAACAUAGCUCCGCCCAUCGCAAUCUAGGAGCCAUAGACUACCAUGAACGUGACUUGAAAACUAUGAAAGAAUUGGGUGACAGAUCGGAAGAAGGAUUGGCGUAUUGCUUUCUUGGCAGUGCUUUUUGGAGUAUGGGAGAUUUUAGAACAGCCAUAGACUGCCAUGAACGUCACUUACAAAUUACAAAAGAAUUGGGUGACAGAUCAGGAGAGUCAGUGGCGUAUAUCGAUCUUGCCAGAGUCCAUGAAAGUCUGGAAGAUUUUAAAACAGCCGUUUGCUACCACGAACGUUAUCUUAAAAUUGCAAAAGAAUUGGGUGACAGAUCAGGAGAAAGAGAUGCGUAUGGCUCUCUUGGUGACGCCCAUCGCGGUCUGGGAAAUUUUAAAACAGCCAUAGACUUCUAUGAACGUCAUCUUAAUAUUGCGAAAGAAUUGGGUGACACAUCGGAAGAAGGAACUGCUUAUGGCAAUCUUGGAGACGCCCAUCACAGUCUGAGAGAUUUUGAAACGGCUAUAAACUACUUUGACCGCCAUCUGAAAAUUGCAAAAGAACUGGGUGACAGACUGAGAGAAAGAGAGGCGUAUGGCAAUCUUGGCAACACCUAUCGUACUCUGGGAGAUUAUAAAACAGCCAUAAGCUACCUUGAACAUUAUCUAAACAUUUCAAAAGAACUGGGUGACAGAUCGGGAGAAGGAGGUGCGUAUAGCAAUCUUGGCUGUGCCCAUCAUCUUCUGGGAGAUUUUAAAACAGCCCUAGACUACCAUGAACGUGAUCUAAAAAUUGCGACAGAAAUGGGUGACAGAUCGGCAGAAGGACUGGCGUAUUGCAACCUUGGCUGCAACCAUCAAAGUCUGGGAGAUUUUAAAACGGCCAUAAACUACCAUCAACGUCAUCUAAAAAUUGCAAAAGAAUUGGGUGACAGAUGCGGAAAAGGAACGGCGUAUGGUAAUCUUGGCAUCACCUACCGCAGUCUCGGAGAUUUUAAAACAGCCAUUGACUACCAUGAACGUCAACUAAAAAUUGCGAAAGAAUUGGGUGACAAAUCAGGGGAAGGAUUUGCGUAUAGCAAUCUUGGCAGUGACCAUGACAGACUGGGAGAUUUUGGAGCAGCCAUAGACUACCAUAAAUCUCAUCUAAAAAUUGCGAAAGAAAAAGCGUAUGGCAAUCUAGGCUGUGCCCAUCAAAGUCUGGGAGUUUUAGAGAAAGCAAUACACUAUUAUGAACUUAGUCUAAAAGUUGCGAAAGAAUUGGGUGACAGAUCAGUCGAGGGAAAGGCGUAUGGCAAUCUUGGCAACGCCCAUCGCGAGCUGCAAGAUUUUGCAACAGCCAUAGACUACGACAAACGUUCCCUAAAAGUUUGCAAAGAAUUGGGUGACAUAUCGGGAGAAGGAAUGGCGUAUCACAAUCUUGGCGCCACCUAUAGCCAUCUGGGAGAUUUUGAAAGAGCCAUAGACUACCUUGAACGUGACUUGAAAAUUACAAAAGAAUUGGGUGACAAAUUGGGAGAGGGAACAACGUACACAAGACUUGGUACUUGUUUUAAAUAUAAAGGCCAAGUUCCCGUGGCUAUUGGAUAUUACCAACUAAGUAUUAGUUCGUUCAAAAAUGUCAGAGAUCGUCUUCCGUUGAACGACGAGUGGAAAAUAAGCUUACGGGAUCAAUACCAGACAGCAUACACUGCACUUUGGCGCUUGUUGUUAGCAGAAGGCAAGAUUAUAGAAGCUUUGAUUUCUGCCGAGCGUGGACGAGCACAGGGUCUUAAGGACCUUAUGGCAUUAAAUUAUGGAUUAGAAGUGAAAGACGCUGAGUCAGAUGAAGGAGACAUGAUAACCUUUUUUGAACUGUCCAGUCACUUUCCCACGAAUACGAUAUUUAUGGCGCUUGGAGAGAACGAAUUAAUUUUCUGGGUUUGUCAGGAAGGAACGGCCCUUGAAUUAAGAAUAAACCCAGUAGAUUCAAAGGGGGAAAUUAGCUCCUUCUUUGAGUCUCUUGUGGAGCUUGUUUGUCAGGAAAUUGGUGCAAGAGAUCAUGUGGAGUGUGAAGAUCGCUCACUUAAAUUGCUGAAUGACAAAAGACAUGAAAGACUGGCAGUUCAAAGAUCAACUCUUGAUGGCAGUCAAUUCCAGAACUUACACAAUUCUUUGAAUACUUUGUCCGACGUAAUCAUUGAUCCUAUUCAAGAUCUUUUUUUGGGAAGUGAAAUCCUAUUCGUCCCCGAAGGUCCACUCUGUUUGGCUCCUUUUGCCGCAUUGAAGGGUCCAAACUCCAAAUACCUCAGUGAAUCAUUCAGAAUUCGCAUAGCUCCAUCUCUUACCAGCUUGAAAAUAAUUGCCGAUUGCCCGGUAGAUUACCACGUCAUGUCUGGCGCGCUUCUUGUGGGUGACCCGUGGGUGCAAGAUGUGACAAAACUACCAAGAUUGCCACAUGCCAGAGAGGAGGUAGAGACGAUUGGCAGAAUUCUUGACUGUACACCUCUUAUUGGAAGACAAGCCACAAAGGAUGAGGUAUUAAGACGACUCGGUUCGGUUGCUUUGGUGCACAUUGCUGCACAUGGCAGCAUGAAAGCAGGCGAAAUUGCCUUGGCACCAAAUAGUGAGAUGGAUUUCCUUUUGACAAUGAGAGAUGUACUGGGUGUUCAAAUGCGAGCAAGACUGGUUGUACUCAGUUGCUGUCAUAGUGCUCAUGGUGAGAUCAAAGCAGAAGGUGUAGUAGGCAUAGCAAGGGCAUUUUUGGGAGCCGGUGCUCGUUCUGUUCUCGUGUCUUUGUGGGCAGUUGACGAUAAGGCCACUCUUGAGUUCAUGAAAAAUUUCUAUCAGCAUCUUGUAAAAGGAAAAAGUGCGGGUGAAGCCUUAAAUCAAGCAAUGAGCUACAUGAGAGAAUCUGAGGAGUUUGGCGCAGUCAAGUACUGGGCACCGUUUGUGCUCAUUGGUGAUGACGUCACAUUAGAAUUCGCUUUAUGUGAAUAA